AUGCUUAAGUCACUCAAAUAUCGGUACCGGCGUUUUCCACGGCUUGAUACCAAGUCUUCUGCAAUUUUGAACCACAACCGAGCUUUCAGCUCGCCCAAUUGUUUCCAAGAAGCAAACAAAAGCUUUAAGUGCGUAGGAGGCUCCAGAGUUGUCCGUAACGACACAAGUUCGGUAGCAGCGGACCGGGGUUUGACUCCGAACCAUAUUCAAAAACAGCUUUUUUUAGUUCCAAAAGUAGGAUCGACUGAUCAUAUUCAACAAGACGAAGUUCACACCGAUGGUUUGUUUGCUGGACACAAACCAUUGUUUUUGGGUAAUGCUUCGACCGAACCUAGAGGAUCCAGGAACAAUAUCAAAACGAUUUUUAGCACUUUGACUAAGGUCAAGAAAGUCACAGAAGGAUCCACUUCCGAAAUCGAUGUGCAAGGAAUAAUCAACGAUCUGAAAAGCGACGACAGUUCCUCAGAGACGGCAGUCAACUAUGAAGGAAUAAAAAAGCCGAUCAUUCCCUGGGAUGCAUCUAUAAGCGGCAUGGUUUACAACGACGAACCUUUCAAAGCUGUUCCUCGCACUGUUGUUGAUAGACUCAGACCAUACAAGCUGAUACGAGUCGAAAGAAAAAGCAAAUCCGCCAAGUUUAAAGCUCCAAAAAUGAUAAAGAUGAAAUUCCACAAUGCCAAAAUAAACGAUGAAACCUUUUUGGUUGACAUAAGCCAACCGAGAAACAGAAAUCCUGCAAAAACCCGGUCAACUGAGCCCGUUUCCAAAUCCAAGGAGAAAUUCACGCAGUUCAACAGCUCACUGAACCAGUUCAAGUUCAUCAGAGGUGAUCAACAUAUUUUCAAGACCGAUGUUACCAAAUUAAGCACUUUUUUGGCUAAAGAAUUCCAAAAGGCAACGAAACUUACCGUUGACACAGAAUUCACAAGAAACGAGCUUCCUUUGUACAUCUACAUCCAAAAUACGAUAUCCUCGAAGAUGCUCCUAAAAAGAUUCUUAUUAGGACGUAUCGUUGACCACACGAACCCACUGUUAAGAACCAUUUUGUCUUCUUACGGCAAUUCCCAGUACGGUGUAAAAUUCGAACAACGGGUAAGGUCAAAGAUUAAUUCCAUGGUCAACGAUAUUUCCGAAUAUUUGCCGUCAAUUUAUUUCAGCGGCAAUUCAAUCGAUUGUGUGUCCGGCCCGAGUCCCGUUGCAGGAUUUGGAAGGCUACACUGGCUCAAUUAUACAAAAAGACAUCGAGUUUUAUGGGGCAGCAAUAUUGACAACGACUUUGUUUUCAACAUCGAUGAGCAUUACAAGAUGAGUCGCAAUGGUGUUCGGUACAUGAAGCAUCCAAUCAGCUUACACUGUAGGACAUUUUAUGAGGCGUUUACGGAAUGGGAGUAG